UUGUGGUUUGUAAAAACACACAAGCCGCAAGUCCCUCGAUCACCGCCAUUGCUUUGUUUCCUUUCCUCUCGUCACGUUCUCCAUUUUUGGGAAAUAUUCCAAGAUCUUGAAUUGCCUACCUCUGUCUCUCUGGAUAUUUCUUGAUACCACUAUCACCAAUCGAUUAGCAUUGAGUCAAAAACUAUUCUUGAUGGUAAAAGCAUAUAGACAAGAGCAUGUCUACAAGCACCCGUGGGAGCGGGUGAGUGCCGCCUCGUGGAGGAAGUUUGCAGACCCUGAGAACAAACGCAUCCUUUCUCAUAUCCUCGAAGUCGACACCUUGAACCGCAAGCUUGACACUGACACCGGCAAACUCCACACCACUCGUGCCCUCACCAUCCACGCUCCUGGACCUUGGUUCCUUCACCGGAUCGUGGGCCAGGACAUCUGCCACUGCGUUGAGUCAACUGUUGUGGAUGGCAAAUCACGUUCUAUGCAGCUCAUAACAAAGAACAUUAGUCUCCAGAAGUUCGUUGAAGUGGAGGAGAGGAUAAGCUAUGAUCCUCAUCCAGAGAAUCCAUCGGCAUGGACGGUUUGUAGCCAGGAGACAAGCAUUCGGAUCAAACCCUUGUCGGCUCUGGCCUCAAUGGCUGAGAAAGUUGAGCAGAAGUGCGCGGAGAAGUUCAUGCAGAAUAGCGCGAAAGGGCGAGAGGUUAUGGAGAGGAUUUGUAGGUAUAUGGAAGCAGAAUCAGCUCGUGUCUAAAAGAUCCAAACAAGAAGGAAACACUCAACAGAUUUACUACAGUAUCUUGUUUUUGAAUGUUUUGUGGUAAUUCAAGACUACGUGUUGGUGUCAUGGUAAUAAUAAAUCCAUGAGACAGUUAAGAUCAAGCUUCUGUUUUUUGUUUUUCUC